AUGGCGGAUUGCAAACCAAUAGAUACGCCCAUGCAAGUUAAUCACAAGUUGAAGAUAGUAGAAGGUGCCACCCUAGCAGAUAAAGAAAUGUACCAGCGACUAGUUGAAAAACUAAUUUACUUAUCACACACUCGGCCUGACAUAGCUUAUGCUGUGGGAAUAGUAAGUCAGUUUAUGCAUAAGCCACAAGAAGAUCAUAUGGAAGCUGCCAUGAGGAUAGUUCGAUAUUUGAAGGGAGCUCCAGGAAGUGGAAUCAUUUUCAAAAGGAAUGGCCAUUUGAAGGUUGAGGCAUACACCGAUGCAGAUUGGGCGGACAACCCAAAUGAUAGAAGAUCAACAGCUGGUUACUUUACACUUGUUGGAGGCAACAUGGUAACUUGCAAAAGCAAGAAGCAGAAAGUUGUAGCUCUUUCAAGCGCAGAGGCAGAAUUUCGAGGGAUCGUUAAAGAAGAUCAGUUGACUGAUAGUCUUACUAAAGCAGUUUCAAGACAAACCCUUGCUAAAGUUCUAACCAAGUUGAGUAUUGGUGAUCCCACUACUCACCUUGAAGGGGAGUAUUAG